AUGGCUAAGGCCACAAGGUGCUACGUGAACCAACGAAACCAACAACUUGAAUGUCAUCUCAAAGGCCGAGAGGGACUUAGCAACUGGUUCUUGUUGGUCAGCUUGUCUGGGGCACCGGGGCUACGCAAAGCUUAUAACGACAAAGGUGUCAGGUACAAAGCUGAGGAUGGUACAGACCACGAGGGCAAGGUGUUCACUACCAAUGGUCUUGCUGCAACUUUCGUCUUUUUUGAUGAGGCGCAUACCUACCGCGGCUCUCUUUCAAGUCCGACUCAGCCGUUCGCCCUGCUGAAAACUAUCACCGAAAAGUCCUGGGAUCCCACGGUCGCCUUCGCCAUCUCAGGCUUCAUCUCGGGCGGUGGUCCUGGCCAACUGACCAACAUCCUUGAUCACAUUCUUCGAGUCAAGGGUGAACAACACGAAGGCAGGCCCAGCAUCGGCGGUAUUACCAACGUGACUGAGCUUGAAGACAAGAAAAUUGACUGGAACUACCUGUUGCAAAAACACCAUAUUGUAAGGAACCAAAAGACCAAGGAUGAGGUGAACAAACGCAAGAAAUCGAUCGGCAAGUUAAUGAAGAACCUUGUCCCCCAUGUUCUCAUGGCCCGUCGCAAUGUGGACACCUUUCGCGGCCAGACUAUUGGCGAUGCCGGACGAGAAAUUGUCGCAUAUGUUAGAAAGGCUUUCGACGAGAGGCACAAUGCUUGGACAGUCGACGGAAGGCGGGGUCCUGAACCUACCCAGCACAGCGUCGAACUCGAGUUCUUCGGUGGAGAGGGUGCCGCAGCGUUAAAACUGGGCAAAGGUGGUGGCGGCAUCUGGACACAGCUGCUUCGUGCGAACGUUUACCCCGAAGUCGCUCGCCUUUAUCUGGACAAGCUCGUCACGGAGGAGGACCUUGAAUGCAAUAACAUCAAUCGCCAUGGAGAUGAGGCCUGCUUGCUUGUAGCUACCGAUGCCAGCCUAAACGACUUGCAGCGGCAGUUAGCCACAUCCCCGUUCUGGCCAUAUCGCACACAGCUCAUAAAGCAGUCUUCGAAAUUUGCCCAGUUCUGUCAAUAUAUAAACGGCAUGGUGGCAUACAGGGACCGCCGGCCCGGCGCCGGUGACGAUCCUGGCCCUGCUGAUAGCACGAACAUCCGACACAUGAUUGUCUUGUCUGACACGCCUGUCUCCAGCUACAUUACCUUCAUGUUACUGUGCGUCAAGUAUCCGAAAGUCAAGGUGAUGCUGAUCAACGGACGCAUGCGCAAGGUGGCCACUGAGAAGACACCUGGAUACGGGCGCAGAGAAAUGAUUGAAGACUUGAUGUCCGACUGCACGAGUCAAUCGCGCAAUAAGAUCAUUGUCUCCACCUACUGUAUCUGUGGCACGGCGCUAAGCAUGCAACGCGCAAAUUACUACGUAAUGUUAGAGCCUGCUUGUAAUGCUAAAGAAGAAGCCCAAGCCGCUGUUCGCGUCAACCGACGGGGCCAGUGUAUGUGGCCUUUCAUUGUGCGAUUACAUGAUGAACGUAAUCUUCCCGAAACACUGAAAUGCUCUCGUCAUCAAAACCAAGACGAUAUGGAGAACUGGCAAGAGCAGGGCAUUCCUUGGGAUGACUUCCUGUAG